AUGGCCACUGGCAUAAAAGCCCCCUACGGUACUUGGCAAUCCCCAAUCACUGCCGAUGCUAUUCUUCAGGGGUCUAAACCGAUCGCUGAGCUUCUUGUCGAUCCCAUCGCAAACAAAAUCUACCAUGUCGAAUCCCGACCAGCAGAGGCAGGAAGGAGCGUCCUAGUCGAGACAGAGACAGCCCGAGAGUUGGUUGGCAAGGAGUGGAAUGUACGCACAGGCGUGCACGAGUACGGCGGAGGUGCUGCCAUCGUCUACAACGGCAUCGCCUACUUCUCUCACUACGGCGAUGGCAGAGUGUACACCGUUGAUGUCAAAGCAGAGGGUGCUACCCCUGAGGCCGUCACUCCAGAUAGUAAAAGUCUUCAUCGGUUCGCCGAUUUCGAUGUUCAUCCGAAGAAUUCUGAACUUGUGGUGGCGAUCAUGGAAGACCACACUGACGAUCCCAAUGGUGAAGCCCCGUCCAAGGUAGUCAAUACUCUCUGCAUCAUCGACACGACGUCCAAGUCCGUCAGCUCUUUGGUUUCUGGUGCCGAUUUCUAUUCCAAUGCAAGGUUCUCGCCGGAUGGCACUCGUCUCGUUUGGGUCCAGUGGUUCCACCCUGACAUGCCCUGGGAGGGUUCUGAGCUGAGGCACGCUGAUAUUGUCGUCACAGAGGGGAAAGUGAGCUUGUCCAAUGUUCUCACUAUCGCCGGCGUGCCAUCGCAGAUCAGUGUCGCCUUCCCAUCUUGGAUCAACAACGACACUAUACUGUUCACGAGCGAUCAAUCUGGAUAUCAAAACCUUCAUAAGUACGCGGGCGGCCAAGAUACGCCGGUAUUCCUUGAACCCAUCGCACAGGACUUCAGCCAGCCGGCUUGGGUGUUGGGCUGGUCACCUUAUGUCCCCGUCGAUGAUAUCGGACGGACUAUCCUAUGCACAGCGUGGAAGGACGGAAAAAACAUCAUAUACCUCGUCGACAUCCAAAGCAGAGCUGCGCCGAAACUCAUCGAGGCACCUUUCGUAGCCAUCGACGUCAUCCGCGCUGUUUCCACUGGCAGCCAUCAGGCUGUCUUCUCGUCUCCCAAGGUCGAUGGCGAUAGCGCUAUCAUUCUUUGCACUUUGCCUUCUUCCUUUGAACCCGAAGACAUCAAAUUCACGGUGGUUGGUCCGGCACAAAAGAAGGGUUUAUCAGGCAAUUUCCCAGACGGCAUCGUUUCUGUACCUCGGCCUCUUAGCAUUGGCCCCCAAGAUGCGCUCGUCCACGUUGUUUAUUAUCCGCCAACCAACCCGGCGUAUAGUGGUAGUAGCAUCCCGGACGAGCUACCACCCUGUGCCGUGAGUAUCCAUGGGGGUCCAACGGCUCUCGAAACCCAAGGGUUGAACUGGAAGAAGCAGUAUUUUACAAGCCGAGGUUGGGCUUGGCUCGACAUUAAUUACGGUGGUUCAUCCGGUUACGGCCGUCAGUAUAUACAACGUCUCGCAGGAAAAUGGGGAAUUGUCGACACAGAGGAUUCAAUCAAGGCCGUGGACAUCCUUUCCAAAGCGCCGUACAGUCUCCUUGACGCUAAGAGAACCGCAAUUCGGGGAGGUUCUGCUGGAGGAUACACUGCCCUCGCCGCGCUUUCGAUCAGCUCGAAUCCGGCUGCCUUCGCCGCCGGUACCUCGUCCUACGGCAUCUCCGACGUUGCCAAGCUCGCUGAGUUCACGCACAAGUUUGAAUCCCACUACAUGACCAGGCUCAUCGGGGCUACCCCAGAAGAAAACCCGCAACUAUACAAGGAAAGAUCUCCAAUUUACCAUGCGGAUAACAUCACCUCUCCACUCUUGAUCUUGCAAGGAGAAAUCGACCGAGUCGUUCCGAAAGAACAAGCAGAGCAGAUGCGGGAUAUCAUUCUGGAGAAAGGCGGUGUGGUGGAAUACAAACUAUACGAAGGCGAAGGGCAUGGGUGGCGCCAGGACAAAAACAUCAAGGAUGCGCUUGAACGAGAGUUGGAUUUCUACGAACGUCAGUUCAAGUUGAAGUAA